AUGUCUGUCAACAGACCUACCAACCAAAAGCAAAAGGAAGAUGAUAUUCAACGUAAAAUACAAAUUUACGGAAUUUACAAAGCCUUCGAAGCUGGAAAGGUUCCAUCUAAUGAACAAAUCGAUAUUACCCUCAACAGCUUCCUUGCCUCGCGCGCUUUAGCCUCACCAUCCAAGAAACUUUCCAGGGAGGGUCAGGGAUUAGUCCAAGACUUUCGUUCGGUCGUCGAGCAAGCAAAGAACCUUCUUCUUACCAAGAAUAGCGACGAACUGAUUCAAGAUUUUAUUUGGCAAUGUCAAUGCAUUGAUGGCGGUGGAGCAGUAGCUCCAGGAGCUCCAGUCGAUCAAGCAACUGCUCAACAACAUGGCAAACAGGUAAAGGAUGGUAUCAAGACUCUUGGUCAACUUAUCAUUACCAACGGAGAGUUUCGCAAGCUUUUGAACGAUGCUGUCGUCCUCUUACGUGAUAUUGCUGGUGAUGUUGCCACCAAUGCUGCCGGCAAGGUUAACCCUUCCGAAGAUCAAUUGAAGCAGAUUGAUCGUCCCGCCGAUGAUAAUGUUUGGCAUGAGAAUCCAAAUAUAUCAUCUGGUAAUAUCAAGAAUCAGAUGAAGCAGACAUUCAAGAAGAAUGCACCUGUUGGCAGAGAUGAUGUUAGAGAUGCUGUUGGUGACGCCAGUCAAAACGCCCACCCAAGUGGCUCUCGUGAUCCAACAGAUACCGCUCAAUUGGCUGGUCGUGAUCAGCAAAAUAACACGGCUUCUGGAGUUGAUGGUCAAGCUGGUGCUCAAGCUGCGGCUUCCACCUUGAAGCAACGUGUUUCUGAGAACGUACCCGAGGAGACAAAGCAGCGAGGUCGCGAGACCAGAGAUAGAACUAAGAACUACCUCUACGAAAAGAUGCCCGAGGAGCGUCGCGAGCAACUCAUCUACAGACUCAAGAAGAUGGUGGUCGAGAUCCAAGGUCAUUCAGACUAUAUGCAAGCUAUCACUACUCUUCUCGACUUGGCCGAGCAGUACGGAGGACACGCACAAAAUCUUGGUCAACAAGGAUCCGGGGCUGUUAGGGAUGCACAUUCUAAUCCUUCUUUGAAUACUGCCAAGGGAGAUUUAAAGACACUUCUUGAGCGUUUUGCAAAUUACACAUCAACUGACGAUUUAACCGACUCUAUCAACGCUAUCUAUCAAGACGCUGACAGGGAUCCAGAGCUAAAGAGCUGGUUCAAGGAAAUGAACUACUUCGUCCGCAGAUGCCUCAAAGAGCAAGGUUACAUCAUGGAAGACGAUUCCACCAAACAUUGGAAUGAGCUUUAUGACAGAGGCAACUUCCUUCUCAGAGAUCGAUACAGACCCCACACUGAUCGUAUCCUUGAUGAAGUCAAGUUCUUGACAAAAGAAUUCGAUAAUGAUACACAGAACAAGCGAUUUGCAGAUACCUGCCAGAAGUUGUUCAACGAUUUGGGCAAUGAUGAAAAUGGCAAGCCGACAUUCAAAAAGCACUUGGUGCAAGAUUUGACCAAUGUCAUUAUUCCUGCAGCUAUCGAGAGCAUUCGAUAUAUGCCAAUCCCCAGACUUGAAUACAGAGAUCCUCAGACGGAAGUCGUCAUUGAGAACUUGGUUAUUGAGAGCGACAACCUUAUGCCAAACUUGGUCAAUAUUGAUCAUGAGAGCAAUUUCCGCUUUGGCCGCAAGGGCUUCGAGAGCAAGAAGAGAGGAUCAGUCACGAUUGACGUUUCCGGAAUUCAGAUGGACUUGAAGGAUGUCUCCUACUAUUUUUACAGAAAGAGCGGUACACCUAUCCACCAUGACCAGGGUGUUCUUGAUAUCUUCCUCGGUGGCACUGGACUCAGUUUCAAGAUGAGGGUAUCUACUGCCGAUAAAAGAGAUAGACAGAAUUUCUUCAAAGUUGACAGCGUCGAUGUUGACAUCAAGCACUUCAAGCUUAAGAUCAAGCAAUCGAAGCACAAGAUUUUGUUCACCCUCGGAAAGUCUUUGAUGGUCGGACCUCUUACCAAAGCCAUCGGAAAGGCUGUCGAGGCAGCUAUUAAGCAGAAGUUUGAGGAAGCUGAUGCGUUUGCCUACAAGAUCAAGGUUGAAGUUGAUCGAGCUCAGGAAGAGGCGGCGAAGAACCCAGAGAAUGUCUCUAACAUCUACCGCAACUACGUUUCUGCUGUUCAACGAGAGCUUACCAAGGGCAAAGAAAAGGCUCAAAAGGCUCAACAGGCUGCGUCAGACAAAGAAUUCAAGAUGGCCAUGACCAUGGAUGAUUCAAUGUUCCCCAAUAUCAGCUUACCAGGUGGAAUUUCAUCCAAGGCGACUGAAUACAAGAAAGUUGCCACUACUGGUGGUGGAUGGGGAUCGACCAUCUUUCGAUUUGGUUCUGCCCCAAAAUCAACCAAUGUGCCCUUUCCAAAGAAGAUCGAGAGAAAGCCACACUCUGUUGCUCAAGGUGGUGUUAGAGGUCCACAAAAUCUCGGCAACACCAGCUCCUCGGCUGGUCCAUCAGGCUAUAACCAAGGUACUCAACAGGGCUACUCUCAACAAGGUUAUGCCCAAGGUACUCAGCAAGGCGCUCAGCAAGGCUUCAAUCAACAAGUUGACCAGGCUUUUGGCAACGCUGGCGCACAUCCUAACCCCACUGGUACUGGUCUUCUAAAUGGCAACACUGCUACCAGCGGUGGAGCUUUAAAUCAAAAGAACGUCGCGAACAACGGAGGACACACUCAAUUGGGAGCUAACAAUCCAGUUCUCCAAGGUAGAGUCUAA